AUAUAUUUAACGGGAAGAGAUUAGAUAGAUCUAACGCUCACCUGAAAAGAAAUUCAAGGACGGGUCAUUCCCUCCUAGAUCUUGUCAAAAUUCGAACAGAUCUGACAAAGAGACAUUCUUUUCUUCUUCUUCUUCACUUACCGCAAAUCCUCUCUGGAUCUGUACUCCGAUCUUGACAUGGAAGAACGGAAUCCCAUCAGUUUCACGGUGAGAAGACGGAGAUUUGGGAGAAGUUGGGUUGUUGAAAACAGGGAAGACAUUAGGGUUAAGAGAAAGAGAUAAAGUGAAGGACGAGCUAACUUCUGUCCCAAAUCUAAAAUAGAAUCCCGUUCAACUG